AUGCCUACAGUGUUGGAAUCCACGUCUCAAAAAAAUGACAUGAAGGAGACUAUGAAGGAUAGUAAGAGAGAGAAAGAGGAGGGUGUGGAGGAAGUAGCCUUCAAACCAUGGCCAUACUCCCUCCCGUCAUGGCUUCGACCAAAAGCUAGUACAACCUUUUCACUCAUGAGCGACAGGACCCUUCCGAUUUCUGCUGUAGUAAAUUUUGAGCGCACAGGCGUUCUACAAUUCAUUCUCUACGGUAUCCCGAAUCCAGAACGCUUCUCUUACAGCCAGGAACUAGUGGCGCCGGGUAGUCUUUUGCGUAAGGUUCUCCAUGGGAUCAAGGAGAUGGAUGAGUGUGAGGGUACUGUUACUAGUGUUACCGCUAUCGAAAGUGAGAACGUAGACUUGUGCGAGGAGAAAAUCAAGGAGGAAGAAGAUGAGGCCAUAGUGGUGAAGGGUAUGCAGAGCAAGGUUACAGUGGAAGAUGUGCUGGAGAAGAAUGAUCAUAUGGGGCAUGGGAUGAUAGCGAAGUAG